AUGUCCUCAAACCCACCCGAGGCUUCAUCAUGCUCCAUCACAGAGACAUUGCGCUCUCUGAGGGCUGAAGUGGAUGAGCUCGCUAAGACCCUCGCUUCCGAUUCGGACUCGUCCACAGAGACGCUUGUCGGAGAUACACCAUCAACACAGAGUGCGGACACUUCCCCGGGAGCUGAGACAAAGUCGAGUACGCCAUCGACAUCAACGAACGACGCCAACCAGAACGAAACUCGCGAAGGACACCCAUCCAAUUCUGACGACACCGAUAUCGUGUAUCAUCCCCAUCUUCGCGACGUGAACAGCAUCCCCGACCUUGGUUUCACCUUGACGGAACUGGUAGAUAUACCCAACGACAUCAUCAAACAGUACUACGGCGAUCGCAUCCACUUCUCGAAAUGGUACGCUGGCCAGCCCUAUACAAUGGCCUGGUGCAUCAAAGCGGAUGAUGUACUCAAUCCUAUCGCUAUUGUCAUUCGAUGGCCCAACGACUUAAGUCUUGAUAUCGUAAAAAAGGACGACGACGGCGACAGCAUUGCCCACGUGUCAAGACACCAAGAACGGACUAACACCCUGGCGACGGCAGCCGCCAAUAUUCGUCUGAAAUUCGGAUGUGAUCGAAUUGGCUUCUACGACGGUGUGCGUCUGAUUCUGUUCGGAUUCACCGAGGAUCCCGGGGGUGUCAACCUAUUCGUGGGAUGGUCGGAUGAAAUUCGCUCCAAGCUCAUUGGGUUCCUAGGAGAGGCGAUCAGAAACACAAACGUGCAGAUGUUGAAACCGCUUACUGGAUACACGCUUGAAGACUCGAAUCUGGAGGCCGCAGCUCUGGGGCCUCCGCCGCAACGUUUCCUACAUGACAGACAUAUCGACAAUAGCGAGGUAAGUAGCGCGCUACUCACGUUCGGCGCCCAGUACGGUGGCUGUGCAUUCAGAAUCUACACAACCCCUGAUGGCAAGCUCGUCAAAGCGGAAGACAGCCCACUCCCUACAGUCGACGAUUCUGCGAUCGCCACACCGGAAGGCGUCCUCAAAUCCUCACAACACACUUUGGUCGAGUUUCUGGUCAUUGCCGGUAAGGAUCACUCUCCAGCCCUUAAACACAGCUACGAUAUUGUUCCCGACGCCAUCACCUGGUAUGUGCGUAAGACCGGCGAACGCAACGCGAAGGAGCUCGUUGGUAUAGUUCAGUUUGCUCCUGCCGGCACAAUUGUACCCGGCGAUUGGGGUCUCAGGAAGCCGGACCUUACGUUCACAAAUGGCGAAGGUAUCGUGCGCACGGCGAAGCCCCUUCUGGAAGCCAUGUUAUCAUUUGGACAGAAGCGGGAGUGUUAUUGCUUGGCAUUGUUCGAUUAUCACAACGUCGUCUUUGUGACGCGCUGUAAGGGAACGAAGUUGAAUGGAAGCAUAGCGUUGAUUGGUGGGGAGAGGAUUCGCAGCGGGUUCCUGCAGUGGCUGAUACGAGCAGUGCAAAUUGCAGUAUAUCAUUGCGACGCAGUCGAGUGA